ACAGCUGAUUGUUUUGACUGAUAUCAACUGAUAUCUUGUCAACCCUGGCUGCAUAUGCUUAUUUAUGUACGACCAUAAUUGUUUGUACAUUAUGUUACGUAAAUUGUAUAAUAAUAAUAGAAUCAAUCGAAUAGAAUAAAUAUUUCAAGUACCAUACAAAUACUAAUAUUCCUCGACAAAUGUUAUCGUCGACAAACGUCAGACAUUGCUCACAUAUUUGUUAAUCGAUAAAGAAUAAAUAAUUUGGAAAAUGUCUAUAAAUAUUGAUAUUAGAUUAAAACGAGCUAGUAAAAUAUAUCACGAAGGGGAGAUAGUAGCUGGUUUUAUAUUAUUGAAAACUAAUUCAGACGUUAAACACGAUGGAAUAUUUCUAAGUAUGGAAGGUUCUGUUAAUUUGCAACUCAGUUCGAAAAACUUUGGCAUUUUCGAAGCUUUCUAUAAUUCUGUUAAGCCAAUACAAUUGGUGCAAUAUACUUUAGAUGUUGCUCCAAGUGGAAAAAUACCAAGUGGUAAAACAGAAAUACCGUUUGAAUUACCAUUGAAACCGAGAGGAACAAAAUCUCUGUACGGAACCUAUCAUGGAGUCUUUGUAAAUAUCCAAUAUUUAAUUCGCUGCGAUAUCAAAAGGAGUUUCUUAGCAAAAGAUGUGAGCAAGUCGCUGGAGUUCAUAGUAGAGGACAAAACGCCUCGUGAUAUAGAAAAAGAACCCAGCAAAGGGCCAUUGACGUUUAAAAUAAUGCCAGAAUCUCUACAAAAUACAAGGGACAGAACUAAUGUACCUAGAUUUUGCAUUUCGGGAAAGCUAGAUUCGUUGUAUUGCAAAGUCUCGGAACCGCUAACAGGAGAAGUAGUAAUUGAACAUUGCGAAGCUGUAAUAAAAUCAAUUGAACUACAGUUGGUGAGAGUUGAAACGUGUGGUUGCGCGGAGGGAUACUCUAGAGAUGCAACUGAAAUACAAAAUAUACAAAUUGGAGAGGGAAAUCCUUGUACAAAUUUGCCUAUACCAAUAUAUAUGAUAUUCCCAAGGUUAUUCACAUGUCCUACGCUAAGUACGAGUAAUUUUAAAGUUGGUAAGAUCACCGUUUUAAUUUCGGUUUUACUUCGAUUUAUUAUUUUUUCAUAUAAAUUAUAUGUUUUUUAUGUUUUGUUACAGAGUUCGAGGUAAAUCUGAUCAUAGUCUUUGAGGAUGACUAUUUAGUCACAGAAAAUUUUCCUAUUAUAUUGACUAGAUAUUAAAAUUUCUAUGGAAAUACAAUAUUUUAUAUAAAUUAUGUAUAUUAUUUACAAAUUGUAUAUAUUUCUAAUAAAUGCGAUUUUACGUUAGA